GCUGCUGUGGAAGCUCUAGGGUCAAGUGAGCUUGCCGCGCGGCUGCCAGAUGGACGUCGCUGCGUCUUACAAUCAGCGGCUGCCCUGGCCCGCGGUUAUGGACGUCUCGCCCGAGGACAGGCCCGUCGCCAUCCGCACGUCGUCCAUGGGAAGCACGCCGCUCGACACGCACGCAAAGCGGCUGCGCAGCGAGGCGGAGCUCGACUCGUGCCCGCUGCACGAGCCCGACGAGCCCCCGCUGAAGCGGAUGGAGUUCACGCCGUGUCACUCGCCCACGCGCGCCGAGCAGACGCCGCCCGAGGACAUGGCCAGCGUCAUGCCGCCGAGACGGCUCGCCAGCGUCGGCUUUGGCACGCCCAUCUCGGGCCACCCCAUCUGCUGCCCGCUCGUGAGCGAGCUGCGCCUGCGGUACGGCAUGCACCAGACGCAGGGCCCGAGAAACUCGAUGGAGGACAGGACGGUGUGCAAGCUCGAGCGCGCCAAUGGCGGCUUCGCGCCUUCGCACGGCUUCUUCGCCGUCCUCGACGGACACGGCGGCUCUGCAGCCGCGGAGCACUGCGCAGAGCGGCUCCACGCCAACCUGGUCGGAUCGCACCACUUCCCCGACUUGGUGCCUGCGCUGCAGGACGCCUUCCUGCGCACCGACGCCUCGUUCCUCUCCUGGGCCGCCUCGCCCGGGCGGAGGGCAAAGGCGCGCCGCUUGUCGGAGCCUCGGCACACCCCCCUAACCCCCCCUUCCGCUCUCUCGCUCCCCUCCACGGCCCACCUGCAGAGAGCAAACGCCAAGCAGUGGCGCCCGCAUCUCUGCACCGCAUCUCUGCACCGCGGCUCUCAGCUCGACGGCCCCACGGCGCAGGAGUCGCACGCCGGCGCCGCAGCCGUCGCGCUCGUCGUCACGCCGAACCACUUGACGGUCGGGCGCAGCCCGACGCCCCCACUUGCACGCUGGCCACGCGAGGCCCUCACGCACGACCAUGUGGCCGAGAGGUCGAUCUGCGCCGAGGAGGCUGACCGCGUCGAGCGGGCGGGCGCCUCGAACGUGCCCGGCAGCGUGCGGGUGGGAGAGCACGAUUUGCCGAUGACACGCGCGUUUGGCAACUUGCGGCUCAAAGUGGCUGCAGGCAGAGACUGGACGCAGGAGGCGGCCAAUGCGCAGGUCGUGACGGCGCUGCCGGACGUGUCCGUCUUUGCGCGCGGUCCGGACGACCUCGCCGUCGUGGUCGCCUCGGACGGGCUCUUCGGCGAGGUGCUCUCGUCCGAGCACGUUGCCGAGUACACCCGCGCCGCCCUGCAAGAGAACGCUGCGACGGGCGACGCAGAGGGCAUGGCUGCGCGCAGGCUGGUGGAGCGCGCCAUCCACCACCAGUCGUCGGACAACGUCUCGGUCGUCGUCGUCUCGCUCGAACCUUCCGAGGGCUCGGCGGCGUCGCCGGACCUCGCGCAGGAGAGUCCGGACUUGCUGCGCGAGGACUCGACGGCGACGCAGUCUUUCUCGCCCGGCCGGCGCGUCGCGUCUAGCGAAGCCUAUCCGGAGGAAGUGCGGGCGAGACGCUCGCUGUCCCCCGAGGAGGAGCGAUCGUGA